CGGGCGGCCGCAGGACCCGGAGCGGCGGACCGGGAGCCCGCGGCGGCGGCGGGGACGAUGUGGUUCUUUGCCCGGGACCCGAUCCGGGACUUCCCCUUCGAACUCAGCCCGGAGCCCCCCGAAGGCGGCCCGCCGGGACCCUGGGUUCUGCACCGCGGCCGUAAGAAGGCCACGGGCAGCCCGGUGUCCAUCUUCGUGUAUGACGUGAAGCCCGGCUCGGAGGAGCAGACCCAAGUGGCUAGAGCUGCCUUCAAGCGCCUCAAAACUCUGCGGCACCCCAACAUCCUGGCCUACAUCGACGGGCUGGAGACAGAGAAAUGCUUCCACGUGGUGACGGAGCCCGUGACCCCACUGGCAACGCACCUCAAGGCCCGCGCAGAGGCCGGGGGCCCGAGGGAGCCGGAGCUGUCCUGGGGCCUGCACCAGAUCGUGAAAGCCCUCAGCUUCCUGGUCAACGACUGUAGCCUCAUCCACAACAACGUGUGCGUGGCGGCCGUGUUCGUGGACCGAGCCGGCGAGUGGAAGCUCGGGGGCCUGGACUACAUGUACUCGGCCCAGGGCGACGGCGGGGGCCCUCCCCGGAAGGGGGUCCCCGAGCUCGAGCAGUAUGACCCCCCGGAGCUGGCCGACCCCAGCGGCAGAGUGGCCAAAGAGAAGUGGUCGGCAGACAUGUGGCGCUUGGGCUGCCUCAUCUGGGAGGUCUUCAACGGGCCCCUGCCCCGGGCGGCCGCCCUGCGGAACCCUGGGAAGAUCCCCAAGUCGCUCGUGCCCCAUUACUGCGAGCUGGUGGGAGCCAACCCCAAGCUGCGUCCCAACCCGGCUCGCUUCCUGCAGAACUGCCGGGCGCCCGGCGGCUUCAUGGACAACCGCUUUGUGGAGACCAACCUCUUCCUGGAGGAGAUUCAGAUCAAAGAGCCGGCCGAGAAGCAGAAGUUCUUCCAAGAGCUGAGCCAGAGCUUGGACGCGUUCCCCGAGGACUUCUGCCGGCACAAGGUGCUGCCGCAGCUGCUCACGGCCUUCGAGUUCGGCAGCGCCGGGGCCGUGGUCCUUACGCCCCUCUUCAAGGUGGGCGAACUCCUCAAGGCCGAAGAGUACCAGCAGCAGAUCGUCCCGGUGCUGGUCAAGAUGUUCUCGUCCCCCGACCGCGCCAUGCGUAUCCGCCUCCUGCAGCAGAUGGAGCAGUUCAUCCAGUACCUCGAUGAGGCGACGGUCAACACCCAGAUCUUCCCCCACGUCGUCCAUGGCUUCCUGGAUACCAACCCCGCCAUCCGGGAGCAGACGGUCAAGUCCAUGCUGCUCCUGGCUCCGAAGCUGACCGAGAGCAACCUCAACGUGGAGCUGAUGAAGCACUUCGCGCGGCUGCAGGCCAAGGAUGAGCAGGGCCCCAUCCGCUGUAACACCACGGUCUGCCUGGGCAAGAUCGGCUCCUACCUCAGUGCCGCCACCAGACACAGGGUCCUCACCUCCGCCUUCAGCCGGGCCACCAAGGACCCAUUCGCGCCGUCCCGGGUCGCCGGUGUGCUGGGCUUUGCCGCCACCCACAACCUCUACUCAGUGAGCGACUGCGCCCACAAGAUCCUGCCAGUGCUCUGCGGCCUCACUGUGGACCCCGAGAGAUCUGUGCGGGACCAGGCCUUCAAAGCCAUUCGAAGUUUCCUGUCCAAGCUGGAGUCUGUGUCAGAGGACCCUACCCAGCUGGCAGAAGUGGAGAAGGACGUCCACGCAGCCUCCAGCCCUGGCAUGGGAGGCGCUGCAGCCAGCUGGGCGGGCUGGGCCGUGACUGGGGUCUCCUCGCUCACCUCCAAGCUGAUCCGCGCUCACCCCACGGCUGCCUCCGCGGAGACCAACGUUCCCCAGGGACCCGCGCCAGAGGGUCAGCCCAGCCCAGCCCCCACCCCCAGCCCAGCCAGCCCUGCCAGCUCAGGCCCCUGGGAGGCACAGGAGGAGGACAGGGACACGGCCGAGGACGGCAGUGCUGCCGACAGAUGGGACGAUGAAGACUGGGGCAGCUUGGAGCAGGAGCCCGAGACGGUGCCGGCCCAGGACUGCAGGGGCGGAGGCCGCGUCAGCCUGGGUGGCGCUGGGCAGGCCAGCACCCCAGACCACAAUUCCCCGGAGGCAGACUGGAGCAGCUGGGAAGCCGAGGGCUCCUGGGAGCAGGGCUGGCGGGAGAGGAGCUCCCCAGAGCCCCCGGAGGGCACGCGCCUGGCCAGCGAGUACAACUGGGGCGGCCCGGAGGCCAACGACAAGGGUGACCCCUUUGCUGCCCUGUCUGCCCGGCCCAGUGCCCAGCCCAGGGCGGACUCGUGGGGCGACAACUGGGACAGCCUGGAGGCCGAGAGCCGGCAGACGAAGGCUGAGCUGGCCCGGAAGAAGCGCGAGGAGCGGCGGCGGGAGAUGGAGGCCCGCCGCGCCGAGAAGAACGCCAAGGGCCCCAUGAAGCUGGGGGCGCGGAAGCUGGACUGAGCCGCGGGCGCGCCCGCGCGUGUAUUUAUUGUACAAACCAUGUGAGCCCGGCCGGCCCGGCCCGGCGCAUCUCGUCGUGUACAGAAUCAGCCACAAUAAA